AUGGUCAUUCACACCAUGGCUCCCAUUAUCACUCAAACAAUCAAACCUAUUGUUUAUAUCGCAGUCAAUCAUAUCAAUUACAUGAGGGAUGAGUCCAUGGAUUCGUUGCCAUCAGAUCUGUCACAUAUCCUCCGAUUCACUCCGGAAUCGCUUCACUUUCAUCAACAGUCGGUCCAUCGUUCAAUUGGUAUCCCAUUUGUUGAGAAAGUAAUGGUCGAAAACAUUGAAAACGAAAACCCGAUUCAAAUGCUUUCCAUAUCUGGAAAUACCGUUCAUUUUCACUGUUCCUUCUUCGAGGACAAAGUGCUAGAGUCGGGCGGAAACACUACUUUCGAAGUGGUAUUUCUGGCGCGAACUGAAGGACCCGUUAAUAACACUCUUUAUAUCCACACAUCUUUGGGUUCAUUUCAAUAUCGUGUCACAGCUAUUGGUGUCGAGAAUCCCUUCCGAUUGCGACCAUUCAUUGGCGCCAAAGUGCCCAUCAAUUCCUCGUACGCACCACUCAUUCAUAUAUACAAUCCGCACACUUCCACACUACAGUUGACCGAAAUGUAUACAACAGGCGGUGGACUGCACUUAGAGUUACCGAACGGAGAGCCGGAAGGGCUGAGGAGUUUGUGGCAAAUCGCUCCCUUCGAGACCAAGACUAUAAUGAGAGCCAACUUCUUGGCGCGAAGUGAGAAGAAUCACACCUCAUAUAUAAGGAUUAAAACCAAUAGCAGUGACGACCAGUUUGUCAUAUUACCCGUCGAAGUGGAGGUGUCGUCAGCGCCGGGCAUUUAUUCGCCAAUAGAUUUGCUAGACUUUGGUGUAAUGCGAACACAGGACGAGCCGCGAGUGAUAGCCAAAGUCUAUAACUUACGGCCGAGGUUUGUCUAG